UUGCUUUUUCUAUGCGUGCUGUAAAUGCUGUGUCGCUGUGUCUACUCCUACUCGGACUCGGUCUACUCCACUAGUCCUUCUCCCGGUUCCGGUCGUGUCAUAACCAAUUUGGUCGUAGCCGUCGUAGCCGGACAAUUACAUACCUUGGAACCCCCAAGUAGCCAUCAAUCAGAAGUUCUAUUACUUGACUUUUAAUUAGACAGCGACUUGAGGCUUUAGUUACCAGAAAUCCGUUAGAUGCUCUUAUCGCGCUGCUCCACAAUCUUUGUUACUGCGAGUCGGAGAUAUACUGAGAGUAUUAGCAGAAUGGGCGUUCCACUGAAACGUGUGGUAGAGGCAAUGAAUAACUUUGCGGAUACUUCGCUCGCAGCCUCUUGGGAUAACGUUGGUCUUCUGGUUGAACCUACCGUGCCAAAAAACAUUCAACACGUUUUACUCACCAAUGAUCUUACGGAAAAUGUGAUGCAAGAAGCCAUCGAUCUCAGAGCAGAUCUCAUCGUCUCUUAUCAUCCACCCAUAUUCGCUCCUCUUAAAAGACUCACUAAUUUAAAUUGGAAGGAGAGAAUCAUUGCUAAAUGUUUAGAAAAACAAAUAGCAGUUUACUCACCACAUACAAGUUUCGACUCGAUAAAGGGAGGUGUCAACGACUGGCUCGCCAAUUCGUUUGAUAUCGAGAGUAGUAAACCCAUUGAAAUUGGUGGAAACCCGGAAAAUGGAAUGGGCAGAAUUUGUCAGUUGAGGGGCAAGUCUAUUACAACGAGUGAAGCAGUAAAUUUGGUCAAACGUCGAACCGACCUACCUCAUGUCAGGAUAGCACGGGCCAUUGAAACAGACAAGCCCAUCAAGACAGUAGCCGUGUGUGCUGGCUCGGGAUCGACCGUCCUUAAAAAUGUAGCUGCCGAUCUCUAUGUAACGGGGGAGAUGCCUCAUCACGAUGUUCUUGACGCUGUUCACAAUAACAUACACGUCAUACUAACCGAUCAUUCCAAUUCUGAGCGUGGUUUUCUGAAGGUUUUUGCCGGCAUAUUGGCCGCGAGUCUUGAAGAUUCAGUAAAAGUAAGCACAUCCAAACGAGACGCUGAUCCUCUUACGAUCGUAUAAAUGACUCUUUGCUGUACGAAUAAAAAUUCGUACGGCAGAGUCAGUGAACUGAUACGGUACUGGGACGCACACUCUCGUCAGGUCUUAUCAUACGAUGCUGAGACCAAAGAAGACAGUCCAUUGAGGCAUGUUUAUCCUUUCCCCCCCACAAUCCGUACAUGCCUGUGCAGAUCUGGACAAAAAAUCUUUUUCUGGCGUCUAACACUUUUGUGUUUGUCGUCAGUUCCCAUUAGCUCAUUUUUUUUCCCUCCCGGAACCAUCGACGGAACGAAGGUGUGCGUUCCAGUAUUGGCUAAGUUCAGUGGGAAGAAUGAAAAUGAAUCUGGUCCUCCACCACCUCGCAAUCAACUUCGACCUCUACAUAAUGUAGGACCUUGAAUCGGUCGGUUGAUAUGAAUAAUCAAUAUGCACAGGUGCAUGGUAAAUACUUCAAUUUGAAGACACGCUACUAAGGGUACGUGUUUAUAUAACUGUUAAAACCUCAAGCUCUUGAAAUCCAAAUGAUUGGAGCCUGUUAGACCUUUGGGUUGGGCACAAGAUAUGGGCACGGUAGUGUUUUAUAUAUUUCGUCGCUUUUACUGAGGGAAAUGAAAAUGAUAAUUUUGUAAUUUUUAUUCAUAAAUAGGCCAAGCAAUAAAGCAGAAAAAAAUGA